AUGUUCCGUAAGCAGCGCCGUGCUCUUGGCCCCGGCACAGAGCUACCGAAGCUUACGACAGAGAUCUCGGUCAACAAAUUACAAAUCAAUCAACAAGUCAGUCGACAAGUUGUUACCAUACUUCAUUUGCCUACUACAGGAAUCAAAAAUAUCAGUCUCUCCACCUUUGGAAAAGUCAAAUCACUGAAACUGGCAUGCCGAAAUCAGGUCAGUCUUCCAUCGCUUUCGAGAAUGUUCAUGGGCUACGUUCUGCUACUUAUCACCAUCGCCAUCUUCUCCUUAGCAUCAGCAACGGAAUGCACUCUCUCGGAAGAGCUUGCUUGCUCAUUUGGAUGCUUUGUUAGGCUUUGCAGUUAUUAUUGGUGCGAGGACGGAGAAUGCACCUGCUUCUGUCAAAAGAAGUAAACAUAAUUCGCUCAUCUUUCUCUUUCGUGUAGUAAUUGUUUUUGUUUAGCGAAUGUUCCUGUUCCAUCACAGAAUAUGAAUAAACACUAAUUGAACAUUCUGGAACUCCGUGCACUCCAAAGUGCUGGCCAAUAAAGACGCUUUUGUUUGGCUAACGAAUCAUUUUAAUGGUUUUGAGGGUCUGU